AUGGAGGUCAAUGCACUGAGAAUUGGAAUAACAUCGAGUCGUCUUUUUGGUUGUCGUCCCUCAGUGAGCGGCGUCCUGCAGAGUCCUGUCUUCACCAAACAGCCUGGAAGCAUCGUGUAUCCUGUGGAGACGGUGGAGAAGAACAGGGAGGUGGUGUUCAGCUGCGAAGCCCAGGGAAGCCCACCGCCCCUUUACAGGUGGAAACUGAAUGGAACAGAAAUCAGUCCCAAAUCGGGAUCGCACUACAGCCUUUCUGGAGGCAACCUCCGAAUCAGCCAUCUGAACAAAGACCAAGAUGCUGGAACGUAUCAGUGCCUCGCCUCCAACUCCUUCGGGACCAUCGUCAGCCGAGAGGCCAGCCUAACCUUUGCAUACUUGGAGAACUUCAAGACGCAAAGGAGGAGCUCGGUGUCGGUCCGUGAAGGUCAAGGGGUGGUCUUACUGUGUGGCCCUCCGCCGCAUUCUGGAGAUCUGGUAUUUUCUUGGAUUUUUAACGAGUACCCGACGUUUGUGAAGCAGGAUACCCGUCGCUUCAUCUCACAGGAGACGGGGAAUCUGUACAUCGCCAUGGUAGAGCCGUCUGAUGUGGGCAAUUACACCUGUGUGGUGACCAACACCGUCACAAAGACCCGAGUCCAGGGUCCGCCCACUCCUCUGGUCCUACGCAGUGAUGGUGUGAUGGGAGAGUACGAGCCAAAGAUUGAGGUUCAGUUUCCAGAAGUUGUUCACGUUGCCAAAGGAUCCACAGUAAAGCUGGAAUGUUUCGCUCUGGGAAACCCGGUCCCGUCUAUAAACUGGAGGAGAACGGACGGAGUACCGUUCCCCAGAAAAGUGGACAUGAGGAAGGCCAGCGGCAUCUUGGAAAUCCCAUAUUUUCAGCAGGAGGACGCCGGCACGUACGAGUGUGUGGCGGAAAACUCCAGGGGAAUGAACACGGUCAAAGGAAAGCUCUCCUUCUACGCUCCUCCGCAUCUCAUCGAGAAACCCCAAGACGUCCAGAAGCUCAUCGAUGACUCAUUGGUGUGGGAAUGCAAAGCCACGGGGAAGCCGAAGCCGUCGUACAGGUGGAUGAAAAAUGGAGAGAACCUGGAGUCCACGGAGGAGCGUAUACAAGUCGCCAAUGGUGCGUUGUCAAUCAGCCGACUGACCCUGUCCGACACUGGGAUGUACCAGUGUGUCGCCGGGAACAAGCACGGUGAAGUCUACUCCAACGCAGAGCUCAGAGUUAUAGCUGUUGCUCCAGAUUUUUCUCACAACCAACUGAGGAGCCAGACGCUGGUGAAGGUUGGAGGAGAUGCGCUCAUCGAAUGCAAACCCAAGAUGUCGCCUUGGGGUGUGAUCUCCUGGAGGAAGGGCAGCGAACCGCUUCGAGGAAGUAACAGGUGA